GUCUGCGUUUUACCUGCUUUGGUAGUGUUUGGUAUCGCGGGCACGUACGAGGCACGCACACGCGCAUAUAAAAUAGCUCGCGCACGUUUGUUACGCAUCUACGGCCAGAGUCAUAUACACAUGCUCGUCCUCGAUUUUUUCUUCUUUUAUUUAGUGUUAUGUUGAGGACCAUUCGCGCGUGUAAACAAUGCCGAAACUCGCCUACUGCUUUCAAUUCUGAUGGAAUAGAAACAAUUAACGGCGGACGCUCGCGCUCGCUCUUCCUCUUUAGUCGCAAUUUCUCGGAUUUCGAGUUAACUAAGCGUCCCUGCCGAAUCUUUCCGCUUUUCUAUUCACGCUUUCCCGUUUGCGAAUGUUUUUAUUCGAUGUUGAGUUCAUAUUAAAGAAUCCCUUACAUGAAUAGAUGCACAAGCUCUUGCGCGAGUAUUAAAAUAUGAGUUAAAGCAACAGUGGCACUUAUAUCCGUUAUUUCAGUAAUGUAAAAGUGAAAGUGAAUGCCUCUACACGAUAUUGGUAUGAAUGGUGCUUUAUCCAUGUAUGAUGCGGUUAAUCAAGAGGGUAGCUCCAGUAGCAACUCUCUCGAGCCUACGGUUGGUGGAGCUACCAAAAAACUCUUCAGAGGCAUUUCAAGAGCAACUAAAAAUGACGAUAUUAUUACGCACGUUCGACUGCAUGCUUGGCAAUCUUCUUCCAUGCUAGAGUUCACCUUUUCGUUACCUGAUUUGUCUAUUUAUCCAGAUGAUUUUCAUCAAUUUUUGGAGAAGGAUCUUAUAGAAGAAGGAUGUCUUGCAUCGUUAGAAGCUGCUGGAAGACUAAAUUGGUGGUGCGAAGGGAAGCACAGAGUAUUGUGGCCACUUGCUACAACCGGAGAUGGAAAUUGUCUUCUUCAUGCUGCGUCCCUCGGGAUGUGGGGUUUCCAUGAUAGAGAACUCACUCUUAGAGAAUCUUUACACAAUACACUUUCACGGGGAGAAUAUCGACUAGCCCUAUUUAGAAGAUGGAGGUGGAGACAAAUGGGUUUGAAUGCUGUUUCUGGGCUAGCCUACACCGAAGAAGAAUGGAUUUCUGAAUGGCAAGGAAUCGUAGAUAUGGCAUCGGUACAUCCCAGAAAUCAAAUGAGUACUUCAUACCAAAGUUUAGAAGAGAUACACAUUCUUGCUCUGGCACAUGUUUUGCGGCGACCUAUUAUCGUUAUAGCAGACACAAUGCUCAGGGAUUCGAACGGUGUUGCACUAGCUCCAAUUCCUUUUGGAGGAAUCUAUCUUCCUCUCGAAAUUCCUGUAGCACAGUGUCAUAGAACACCACUAUUAUUGGCAUAUCAUUCGGCACAUUUUUCUCCACUCGUAACUGUCGACAGUAGGUCCGAUCCAAGCGAAGGCAGUAUAGAAGGAUAUAGUAUACCACUCGUAGAUCCUGAUACUGGUCAUUUAUAUCCUGUACUUUUUGCUAUUGAUCCAGGAUCUGACUGUGAUUGGAACGCUUCUCAGAAUUUGUCUUAUAUGGACACAAUGGAUACUUACAUAAAGGAAUAUUUAGACUGUGAAGAACAGAUCUUUUCUCCUGGUGAAAUCGAUAGGUUAUCUGAGUCAGAUGCUGCAAAAAAUAAAACAGCUAAACAAUUAAUGGAUGUAGCUAAGCAGUUUGGAUCUAUUGGAAAAUCAGUUAGUAAAAAAUUUUUAGCAAUGACUAAGAGACCAAAGAGUCCACCAGCUUCUAAUUCUGGAGGAUAUGGCGAUACUUUACUUUGUGUUAGAAUAAGAAGCAAAAGACAUCAAUAUGCUGACGAAAUGUUUCAGAAUUAUUUUGAAAGCGCUCGUGCAAGGUACCUGCAACAUCGUAAGACUACUGGUUCUGCUAGCGAGAUGAAUUAUGGAGCUGGCAAAUCAAAGUUUUAUGCUGCAAGCGAUAGUGACAGUCAUGCAAGUGUUAGUAAGCUUCCAGCAACGAACCCUAACAAAGAUAGAACACUACAUCUGUCAAGAUCAACCUUCUAUAAUGAUCAAACUUCAUCUGAAGAAUUUUUGACAAAUAAUGAUGAUCGCAGUAGACAAUGUCAAACCCAAAACUGUCCGUUUUUUGGAUCUUCUGAGAAUCAGUACUAUUGUUCGCAGUGUUGGGCAGAUCGUCGACACCGUUGAAAGAAAUUUAAUUUUAUUGUCGACAAUAGUACUUGUUUAUUAAUUAAGUAUAAUUUUUUGCG